AUGGAAAGACCGCAUAGUAGCCCAGAGCCCAUGCACAUUGAAAAGUCCACUGCCAUACCCGAAGAUUCCAAUCCCACCCUCGACAAGCGCCUCAACCGCAAAUUCGACCUUCGCAUUCUCCCCUGGCUAUUCGGAAUAUGGCUCUUCUCCUUCAUCGACCGCAGCAACAUCGGCAACGCCCGCAUAGCCGGCCUCACCACCUCCCUCUCCAUCACAACCGGCACGCGCUUCAACAUCGCCCUCCUCGUCUUCUACAUCCCCUAUAUCCUCGUAGACGUGCCUUCAAACCUGCUCGUCAAGCGGCUGCGCGCCGGUAUCUACUUGCCCACCCUCAUCACAUGCUGGGGCUUGGUAUGCACGAUGAUGGGAUUCGUGACGAGCUUUGCGGGGCUUGUGGCGUGUAGAUUGCUGUUGGGACUAUUCGAGGGCGGGAUACUUGGGGGUGUAAUUAUUUAUCUUGCCAUGUUUUAUAGGCGCGGGGAGAUGUUGCUGAGGAGUGGGUUGUUUUAUUGUGCUGCGCCGCUGUCUGGGGCGUUUGGGGGUUUGUUGGCGAGCGGAUUGGCGAGGAUACGGGUUGGGGGAUAUGAGCGGUGGCCGUGGAUAUUUUUUAUUGAGGGCGCGGCGACAGUUGUCUUUGGGAUUGUGUGCUUCUUCUUUAUGCCGGAUACACCUGCUGCAGCGCAUUUUCUCACGGAUGAAGAGAAAGAGUGGGCACUGCGCCGUAUGCGUAUUGAUGCAGGUGGAUCUACCGAUGUGGAUGUGGAUGAUGAGAAGUUUAGUUGGUACUGGGUCAAGAUGGCGCUUUUGGCUCCCCAGACAUAUCUCUCUGCAUUCAUAUGGUUCUUUCUACUGGUCCCUUUAUACAGUUUCUCGUUGUUCCUCCCGAGCAUUAUAUCGGGAAUGGGAUAUCAAAGUACAACAGCACAACUCUUUACCGUACCUCCCAACAUGGCCGCUUUUCUUACAGUCAUCGGGACAGCGUAUGCCUCCGACCGACUCAAGAAUAGGGGAUACUUCAUCAUCGGAGGUUGUGUUUUGGGUAUAUGUGGGUAUGUAAUGUUGAUCGUGGCAAAGACCAACGCAGUGCGGUAUGCCGGGACCUUUUUGGUUGCUAUUGGUGUCUUCCAGGGCUCACCUAUGCUUAUGGGCUGGGCGUCAAACAACCUCGCUCCACACUAUGUGCGAGCUGUUGGCAUUGGGCUCAUCAUCUCCAUUGCGAACUGCUCGGCAUUCAUUGGAACGUUCAUAUACUUACAGCGUGACGCUCCGAGAUACAUUCUAGGACAUUCGAUUAGUCUCGGGGCUCUGGUGAUUACAAUCAUUCUAGCGGCCAUGCAGUGUCUGUAUCUCAGCUGGGAGAACAAGAAGAGGAAGAAUGGUGAGAGGGAUGACAGAAUACUGCAAAGUGAUGCCGGCAGACUUGGACAUCGGCACCCGAGCUUCAGAUUUACGCUCUGA